GGUUGUGUUCCUUAUGUACCGUUUAGACAUCAAAAUCAGUCUAUUCAUUACUAAACAUGAGAAACGUUUCAACUUUUUUAUGUUCACAGCAGUCACAUGCUGCACUUUAAUAUGAAACCGAGUCAAAGGUUAGCUUCCAAGAUGCAAAUAUAAAUACGAUUUAAUAUACAUUGGCUAUACAUAGGAUGGGACAGCGCUGACGUGGGUGUCCAUGUUGUCCCAGACCCUCCUCGCCCUCACUGUGUGUGGAGUUUGAAAAUACAAGUAUAAAUCUCACAUACUGUACUAGAAGGCAAGAGAGAUCACUGACAGCGGGACUGUUGUAUGAUUGUCACGUGUUUGCAAUGGCAACAAAAAUGCCGUACGGACUUUUUACUACUUACGCCCGUCCCUACAGUUCGUUCAGUAGAGGGCACUAUGCACUUCUCUGUCUGAGUUCCGAUUAAAACUCCAGCGAAGAAGAAGAAAUGAACGGACCUUUAGGUGGAACAGUAAAAUCGGCGAAAAUUCCUUGUCGAUUUUCCUAACUAAUCCCUCAGAAGCCCCAGCUAAUUUCUAUUUUGAGUUAAAAUUUUAAAUCUGUCCGCGAGUCAGCUGCAUAGGCUGCACUGCAGCUAAUCGUGCGACUAGGCUUUACUGUCAGAUGUUUCCCUAAACCAGUGUUUCAUGUGUCAGCGGAAUGUUUUCAAACUGAACCUGAGUCUGAAGGUCAACCGGUAGGAAGAAAGCGGGGUUUACGCGUCUUUUUUUCCGUCAGGCAUAAUUUUAGACAGCCACGCCGCCUGCCGUUUAAGGUCCUUCCGCCGCCGUGUCAUUGCUAAGUGACCGAAGAUGUCCCACAGCAGGUUGUUCGCUCGGCUGCUCUUACAGCAGCGUGGAGUGAGACACUGUUACAAUGCAUCCCGGCAGCACCUUUACAUUAAUAAGGACACUAAGGUUAUAUGCCAGGGUUUCACUGGGAAGCAGGGUACGUUUCACAGCCAGCAAUCGCUGGACUAUGGCACUAGGUUAGUGGGAGGCGUCUCCCCCGGCAAGGGGGGUAAGACUCACCUCGGCCUGCCAGUUUUUAACUCCGUGAAGGAGGCGAAGGAGGCCACCGGAGCGGAGGCCUCCGUGAUCUAUGUGCCGCCCCCGUUCGCGGCCGCGGCCAUCUUGGAGGCGGCCGAUGCCGAGAUGCCGCUGGUGGUGUGCAUCACCGAGGGCAUCCCGCAGCAGGACAUGGUGAAGGUGAAGCACAGGCUGCUUCGGCAGAGUGCCACCCGCCUCAUCGGGCCCAACUGCCCUGGCGUCAUCAACCCCGGCGAAUGUAAGAUCGGGAUAAUGCCCGGUCAUAUUCAUAAGAAAGGAAGGAUCGGAAUCGUGUCCCGAUCCGGCACCCUGACGUACGAGGCUGUGCACCAGACCACGCAGGUCGGACUGGGACAGUCCCUCUGCAUUGGAAUCGGCGGCGACCCCUUCAAUGGGACGAACUUCAUCGAUUGCCUGGACGUGUUCCUGAAGGACCCCAAGACAGAGGGGAUCAUCCUGAUUGGGGAGAUUGGCGGCAAUGCCGAGGAGAACGCGGCCGAGUACCUGAAGGAGCACAAUUCCGGUGACAAGGCCAAGCCGGUGGUCUCCUUCAUCGCGGGUCUGACAGCACCCCCUGGCCGGCGAAUGGGUCAUGCCGGUGCCAUCAUCGCCGGUGGGAAGGGUGGAGCUAAGGAGAAGAUUGCCGCUCUGCAGGCCGCCGGCGUCGUGGUCAGCAUGUCCCCUGCUCAGCUGGGCAGCACUAUGUUUAAGGAGUUUGAGAAGAGGAAGAUGUUAUAAAAUGUGACCGAGACCACCCAGGACCCGCUACCCCCACACAAGGUGGUCACUACCCUGGUGUUGAUGUCUUUCCCAAGAAACCUCCCUGUCGCUUCAAGCCGCACAGUUGAUGUUUUGUUUAAUUUCAUCUUAAAUGUAACAGAAAAUGUAAUAAAUCUAUCGUCUCGA